UCUAUCACACUCUAUGGUCUCUCUGUGUAUUUCCUCCUCUGUACACACAGCGAGAAGUCCCCGCCCACCUCCGGAGGAAUAUUCAAACCCACCAAUAGCCGCGGCCCCUGAUAUGAGUGUCCUCCAAUGAGAAGAGGAGGGCGGGGCGGACGGUGUGGCGGAGGAUUUGAAGUCAUGAUGAUGGCAGCGGAGGGGAGGAUGGAGUGUGAGCGUGAUGGUUUGCGUAACAUCGUCAUCUGCAAUGACGCUUCCUUGCGCAGCCAGCCCGUCAUCUACAACCCGGACUUUUUCGUGGAAAAGCUCCGGCACGAGAACCCGGAGGUGUUCACCGAGCUGGUGGUCAGCAACAUCACCAGAUUGAUAGACCUGCCCGGCACGGAGUUCGCUCAGCUGAUGGGGGAGGUGGACCCCAAACUUCCCGGGCAGAGCGGGACCACCGCCUUCUUCAAGUCGCUCAGCUUUCUCAGACGGAAAGGUUAG